AAUUAAAUUCACCAAGCAUGUGGCAAAUCUCACUCCAAGCCUUCUUCAAAAAUUGACAGCUCUGCAUUUUUUUGUGCAAUUUGGGGAAAAUAUAAUUCUAAACAUCACUCAAAUCAGAAGAGGCUCAGUGAAGGUUCGUUUCAAUUAAUUUGCUUUGUCUUCGCUCUAGUGUUCCAGCCUAGCGAGCGUUCUUUGGCCGUUUUUCAGACCUGCGCAUUCAGGAGGAACCCGACGCUGGUGGACGUGUUUCUCUAUUGUAGUGGAACAUAUUUUUUCACUUUUAGUAUUACUGAAUGAUAAUGAACGGCCCCAUGUCGCAAGGAUAUGUACACAAUUCCUUGAAGCUGAAAAUGACCCAGUUCUUCGAUGGCCUGCAUACUUACAAGACUUGUCACCCAUUGAGCAUGUUUGGGAUGCUCUGGAUCGACGUGUACGACAGCGUGUUACAGUUCUUGCCAAUAUCCAGCAACUUCGCACAGCCAUUGAAGAGAAGUGGGACAACAUUCCACAGGCCACAAUCCACAGCCUGACCAACUCCAUGCGAAGCCCAGGGAGAGUCCUGCUGGACCUGAAGAGAACACCCCUGACCCGGAAGUGAAUCCCGUCCACCAGCCUGAACAUGACUAACCAUGGAGAUGACUGCUAUUUCUUCUACUACUCCGACUGUGCUAAAGGUGAUUGCUGCCCCUUCAGACACUGUGAUGCCGCCAAAGGCAGUGAAGAUGUCUGCAGCCUGUGGCAGGAGAGACGCUGCUUCCGACAGGUCUGCAAGUUUCGCCACAUGGAGAUUAAGAAAAACAGGAAGGAGAUGGCGUGUUACUGGGAGAACCAGCCUGCUGGCUGCCAGAAGCCUCACUGUGCGUUCCACCAUGAGAAACCACGCUUCAUAGACGGCCAAUACGUACCGCCUAACAAAAGUUUCGCCCUGAAAGAGGAAGUGGAGCCUCAUGAGGAUCCUUUGCCUCCUGUCUCUGCCCCCAUCCCAGUCAACCCCCAGCUCCAUGGGGUCAUUAAGGCGGAGACACAGGAGAACGUUCCCAGCCCUACCCACCCGCCUGUGGUCAUCAAUCCGGCAGAUGAUGAUGAGGAUGAAGAUGAUCAGUUCUCAGAGGGGGAGGACAGCAGGUACGGCUCAGAUGGAUCCAGAGUGGUCUCUCCCAGAAAGAUGGCCGUGGCCUCCAACUCCGAUGAAUCGCUCAACUUUGGUGUCAGAACCUUGGAGGAUAUCAGACUGAGGAAAGCCCUGAAAGCCAGUAUGAGGAUAGCUGGUUAUCCAGUUCCUGGCCAGGGCUCAGACCAGGGAAACAAUGGCAUGAGCAGCGAGAAGGAGAACAUGAAAUCCUUUAUGCGUCCAUCUCUCUUCACAGCUAAGGAUGUUCCUGCCGGGGGUGACAUGCCAAUGAACCGCCGUCUGGCCGAGCGCCUCGGGAGGAACAUGGAGGAGGAUGAAAUGGACCUGCCCCCUCGGAAAGCUGUGAAACCUGUCAGGGACAGACUGGGAUUACCUGUUGAACCCAUUGCUGCAUCUGAAUCAGCUGAGAGCAACAGCAAGACUACAGCGUCUGAAGUAAUCCGCAUCAAAACCCUGGAGGAGAUUAGGCAUGAAAAGUUAGCCAAGACUCGGGGUCAAGGGGACGACCAUCGUCCUUUAGUCCCUGAUACCACCGCUUCCAAGGCCUCAAAGAAAAGUGCCGCUGUCAAAUCUGCAGCUGGUCUUCAUGUGAAGACCUUCUCUGAGAUCCUCCACGCCAAGAGGAAGCUGGAGGAGGACCAGGGGCCCAGCCUCAGGAAGGCCAAGCUGCUGGCUGUGGAAGCAGCUUUGGGUAACUCCCAGAGACCCCCAGAGCCUGCCAUGCCCAUGCGGGUGGCCCCUCCUGGGGGAAGAGUUAAGGUGAAGACCCUGGAGGAAAUCCGCAGGGAGAAGGCAGCCAGGAUGCAGGCCUUGGGACAGGAGGCGUCUAACGGGAAAAUCCCAGGCUCUGCCCAGGCCUCCAAAGAGGAAGGUGCCAAGAAGUCCUGCAUACUGCUUAUCAACAAACCAGCUUCUGCUGCCAGCACUACCACCCAGAAGACAUCCGAGGUGACCGAGAAAGAGAAGCCAGCUGAGCCUGCUGCUGUUGCUACUGAGGCCACCCCUGCUAACGGUAGCAGGGUGAGUGUGAAGACCUUUGAGGAGAUCAUGCAUGAGAAGAGGCUCCGCAGGCAACAGCUGCAGGAGGAGCAGGCCUCGUCCACCAGCCACUCAGAGCAGGCCUCGUCCACCAGCCACUCCGAGCAGGCCUCGUCCACCAGCCACUCCGAGCAGGCCUCGUCCACCAGCCACUCCGAGCAGGCCUCGUCCACCAGCCACUCCGAGCAGGCCUCGUCCACCAGCCACUCCGAGCAGGCCUCGUCCACCAGCCACUCCGAGCAGGCCUCGUCCACCAGCCACUCCGAGCAGGCCUCGUCCACCAGCCACUCCGAGCAGGCCUCGUCCACCAGCCACUCAGAUCAGGCCUCGUCCACCAGCCACUCAGAGCAGGCCUCGUCCACCAGCCACUCAGAGCAGGCCUCGUCCACCAGCCACUCAGAGCAGGCCUCGUACACCAGCCACUCAGAGCAGGCCUCGUCCACCAGCCACUCAGAGCAUGCCUCGUCCACCAGCCAAUCAGAGGGCUUCGCCAAGGCUGAAUCUACCCAGAAACAGGCCGGAGGCCCUGCCCCCCAGAGGGAGAAGAGGGUGUGGGUGAGCCCCUCUGCCGCCUCCUCGCCCCCCACCAUCACCCUGGAGGCACCUGCCCAUGCUCCCAUGGCCCCAUCCCCUCUGCUCUGGGCCACCCUACCCCCCCAACAGGGGACUCCACUAAGGCAGGCUGAGCCAGACUCCCCCUCCCUCAGCCCCAGGAGCUUGAGCACUGCCCCAGGCAAGAGGGAGAGAGGCUCCCCAGGGGGUUCCAGUCCCCCCAAGCAGGCUGCCUUAGCAUCAGCUACCUCCCCUAGGCCCUCUGUGGAAGAGGCUCCAGUUGAGAAGGCUGGGCAAGCUACUGAAACUAAAGUAAGACCCAAGCUGAACGUGAGGCCUUCUGUGAUGAAGCCGGCUGCCCAGGUAAAGCCAGGCCAGAAAAGGAGAGCAGCAGAAAGAUCUGCUGUUGCUGCAGUCAAACCCCUCAACUGCACCUCCACAGCACAGGAAGAGCCACCACAGGAGCUGCCCUGCAAACUGAGAGAGGUGUCCUUUCCCUUCUCCAGAAUACAGGCCCAAAUAAGUCCGAUGGUUCCUAGGAGUCCUCCCACUAUCCCGGGCCGCAGCUCCAGUCCCCUGAGAGAGGAGUUCCAGGCGGUCCCUGUCAAACAGCACAGCCCAGCCAUCCCCACAGCAGCCCCAGAUACCUACAUAGUCCCACAAAGUCCUUUGGUGAAGACGCCCACCCAGCCCAAGGCUCGGCGGCCCACCGUUAGCUCCUCCGCCAUGGACGAAUUUGACGAACUGAUGAUCGAGUUCACAGAUGACCGUCUGGAAGACGACUUGGAGCUGGACCCCGGCAAGGGAGAGGACGACUAUCUGCUGGAGCUGUCUGAGAUGAUUGACAGCUAGACUGGCCUACCUGCUAACCCAAUCACGACCCCUGGCCGACCCUUGACCUUGAGUAACGCUUAUGUUCAUGUCACCUGAUACCUUAUACCCCGUUCACAACCUCUGACCGACCCUUGACCAAUGCAAAUGUUCAUGUAACCUGAUACCCCAUUCAUGACCCCUGACUGACCCUUGACCUAGAGUAACUCCUACAUUCAUCACCACCAAUAGAAUUUCACCACCGGAACUAAUCAAAAACCCUCAGUCAACCACCUGAACUAACACCAGUUGAACUUUAACCUACUACCAGACAAACUUGCAGGGCAUCAAUGUUACUGAAGAUCUCCAACCACCUUCACCAUCUCUCAGCCCAUUUCAUGGUAGUAGACUGGUUGCUCGCUCCAACAUGUCAGAGGGGACUUAUGUUAAUUAAAUAAAAAAAUAAAUGCAUUGUAUUUUACAUUUUUAGAUGGUAUUGUUUUUACUCUUUACUAUUUCAUUCAUAGUCGUUACCUUUUGUCCUGGGAAAACGAUCCUUUAUGUAUUUUAAUUUCUGUACCUUUUUGAUUAUUUGACACUAGUAGUGAUAUACUUGUCUAAGUUUUUAUUUUUUGGGCUUUCUUUUUUUUGUCCUGAAAGAUAACAUGGAAAAAGCAAACAAUUUGUUGAAUGAUAUACAAAUAUAUUUUUCAAACAUCCUCAGGAAUUACCAUCUUGCAUUGUAAAGACGAGCUUGUGAUCUUAUCUGCCAGGCCUGUCACCCAUGGUUGUUCAAUCAUGUAUCAUUGUUUGUUGCAGAAAGACUGAAUCUGUGUAUGCUAAGAAGACUGCUUUAAAUGGAAGAACUGCAAUUAAUCGUUAGCCUGCUCCUGCGUUUGCCUUGAGCUCAUGUCUACUGUCAGACUGACGCUCCAAAAAUCAUGUACAAAGUUUUGUUCACCUCAAGUUUUGAACUGAUAACAACGGUAAAUGUAAAGUGGUUGUGGGAACUUUGAGUUAGCUAUAUUUGAAAUAUGAAGUGAAUGUUUACCCUCAAGUAUUUGGACCUAAAAGUAAGAUUUGUUUUUCAGGUUUGUAUUAUAGAAGUUAACUCUGAAAUUAGUCCCUUUUUAAAUACAACUACCAUGUUCCUCUAGUUUCGCCUACCUAUUUUUCCCCCCUUUUUUAUUUGUAUUGUAUGUUGGUCAACACGUGUGUUUGGAUGAAAUACCAUUUUGGACAAUGUUUUAAACCUACCCAAUUAUUUGACUGAACAAUUCAACACAGUUGAUUGUUUAACAUCCAACCUGCUCUCUAUUCAACCUUUUGUUACAAAUAGUGUUUUCUAGUCUUAAAAUGUGAAAAAGCAGCUUCUCAGGGACUAUGAAUCUGCUGUCUGACUUUGAACCCAUUUGUAAUGUUCAUACACCAUGUCUGAAUUCAACUGACACUUUCCACUGCUAGCAUGUGACAAUUGGCCUUAGUGGUUGGAGUACCAGUUGGUCCUGUCCCAUGUCAACUGUGAUCAGAUAUUUGCUGAUCAGAGUUGUAUGAUCUUGAAUGAUGAGCCUGUUGGUUGUGUAUCUGUACCUGCUUGAGCCUGUUCUGAUGUAAAUGUCUAAAGGGUGUUGUACAUAAUAAAAAGGUUUUCAUGAAUAGUUGCUAUUCA